AGUUACAUUUCGAACACAGAACGGUGAAGUUGCGUAUGAUUAAAGAGGUCCGCCGCCGGGUUACUCUGGACGAAAAUUUCACUCGUAAAACAAAAAAAAAAAAAAAAAAAAACAAAACAAUACACACACAUUAAUUGGUAUAUUGUUAAACGAAUGUAGUGUGUCUAAGCAAGUCUCUUUCGACAGUUUAAUUGAAGUGCAAGCAUUGUUUGGCGAUGUGUUUUUUUUUUAUAAAAUGUUAAUAUUUCGGGAAUAUGCAUAGCGUAUUGAAGAAAAUCACGUGUUGCUCUAGGUUAUUACUGCCAUGCCCAUUUAAUGUUAAAAAAUAUGGGAAGUGUUUCUAAAGAAAAGCAAAAUACUAAAUAAAUAAAACGUCAUCAGCAACACUGCAGUUUUACAAGAAAUAAUGCUCUGAGUGCCGGAGUACGCUGGAACACUCAUUACAAGUAACUGCGUUACAAAACAUCAAAAAUGCUGGUUGCUCGUUAUAUCUAUGGUCUCAAUGGAGUAACGGCGCCACUUUAAAAGGGCAAUGAAAUCGCGGAAGCUACCCAAAGGCUUCGUGCUUUGCGGCUUGAACUGUUUAACUUUUGUUUACUUUCCAUUGGUUCUACCCAUAGUGGUAUGCUCAGCUAACGAUCUCGACUACCGUCUGCAGAGGGUAAAGAACGUUUUGAAGGAAGUGCCUUUAAUUGAUGGGCACAACGAUCUGCCGUGGAACAUAAGAAAAUUUUUAAAGAAUCAGUUAAAGGAUUUUCACUUUGCCGGAGAUUUGCGACAAGUGCAGCCGUGGUCAAACAGUGCUUGGAGCCACACCGACCUAAGACGACUGAAGGAGGGCAUGGUGUCAGCUCAGUUUUGGUCAGCAUACGCGCCAUGUUCGUCCCAACAUUUGGACGCAGUUCAACUGACUCUGGAACAAAUAGAUCUAAUCAGACGUCUAGUAACCCUAUAUCCUCAUCAAAUGUCUCUUGUAACAUCUGCCAUUGGAAUCGAGAAAACGCACAAAAGUGGAAAAAUAGCCAGUCUUAUCGGAGUGGAAGGAGGUCAUGCAAUUGGAACGAGUUUGAGUGUGCUUCGAAUGUUUUAUCAACUGGGAGCACGCUAUUUGACUUUGACGCACACUUGCAACACACCGUGGGCGGAUUGCUGCAAAGUUGACGAACCGGGAAAAUAUCCCCAUAUUGGGGGUUUAUCUAAAUUUGGCAAGCUGGUGGUACAAGAGAUGAACCGUUUGGGUAUGAUAGUUGAUUUGUCGCAUGUAUCUGUCCCAACGAUGCUAGACGCCCUGGGUUCCUCGAAGGCCCCCGUUAUCUUUUCCCACUCAUCAGCACAUGCAAUAUGCAACAGUUCGCGCAAUGUUCCUGACCACGUACUGCAGAGAAUUGCAAUAAAUGGUGGUCUAGUUAUGGUUGCCUUUUAUCCGCAUUUCGUAAGUUGUUCCGGUCAAGCUACGCUGCAUGACGUCGUUGCCCACAUUAAUCAUAUUCGAGAGGUAGCCGGCGUUGACCACGUGGGUAUAGGAGCUGGAUAUGAUGGAGUUAAUCUUGUGCCCAAAGGGUUGGAAGAUGUGUCAAAGUAUCCACAUUUGUUUGCAACGCUCCUAGAAUCGGAUAAAUGGUCUGAGGAGGAUAUAGCAAAGUUGGCUGGUAAAAAUUUGAUACGAGUCUUCAAAGAAGUUGAAGCGAUAAGAGAUGAAAUGGAGUUACUUAAGGUGCCACCGGUGGAUCAGGCAAUCCCACCGGAAGAUAUUAUGGGCCGAUCUUAUUGUCGUUACCAAGGACCAAGAACGUGAUUACAUACGUUAAUCUUUAUCUUCAGUAUCACCACCACUUACAAAAGGUACCAACCGUCAUCUUUUCGACAACUGACCUAAUAAUCUCGAAUACAAACCCACAUGAACUCAUUUUGUAUAUAAAAUUUAAUUUUAACAUCAAACAAGGCACACCAAAACUUAAUUAAGUCUUUGCUAAAUUUAUGAGGUAAAGCGAUUUCAAUAUAUACCACCGGGUCAUGUAAAAUCUUCUGUACGUCGCACAAUAGAUGUCUUGUAUGACGUUGUAUUUGAAAAAAAAACUAUGCAGCAUUCAAGCAGAUUUGUAUAAAUAUUCGGUUAGUGUAGAGCCACAAUUCCAAAAAUUAAAUUUUUUUUUAUAAAAUUAACUUGUCUGGGCAAUGAAAACCCAGUAAUUGGUCAAUGUUGGCAUACAGGGGACUCCCUUUGCGUAUUUAACUCGAAUACUAAAGGAUUGCUCUGUAGGAAACUUAUUAUUUUAUACAUGACGUUGAUAUUUCCGUUCCGAGGAGAAAAGGCUAUUGUACGAACAAAUAUUUAAUUUAUUGGACGAACAAAAUAUGGGUCCAUAUUCUCAAGUGAUUCAUGUAACUCGGAAAGUUGAUUAACACGUUUUAGUGUUAGGGCGAAUGGCCAAAAACUAACCUAUACGGAACCGUUGUAUUGAACUAAAUGCACAUACAUAUACAUAAACGGUCAAUUAGUCCGGUCAGGCUCGCGCAAUUUCACUCUUACAACAUUCCAACUACAUUGUCCACCUCUAAAGCCAUUCAAUAAGGGCCAUUUUUCUGAGCAUCUUUCCCAAACUCCCAAUCGAAUUUAAACUUCUUGCCCGAGUUUGUGGCCGACCUAAAAUAACUAAUUUAGCCCAAGGUGGUUCCUAACAACAAUAAAACAUGGGCCAUAUAUAUAGAAAUGGAGUUUUGAAUCGAUAUUUACUUACAAAAAAAUUAGACCAAUUACCAAAUGAAAUCAGCAAUGAGCCAAAAAAAUUAAAAAAAAAAACAUGAUCAGGAUUAAUGUUAUUAUAUGUAAAUAACAAAUUAUAACAUAUUUUUUAAAUUGUCGUCUAGCAACUAUAUCAUUUGCCGUAACUGAGGCCAUAUGGCAUAUUGUUAUUUAAUGAAUGCUGUGGAGACCCAUUGUGCCUAGAACUAUUUAGAUUUCACAAGAAUCGUAAAGAAUAUUCCGAUUUUAAUAGCUGGCUAUAUAAAGGCCUUAGUGAAGUUUUUGGCUCCAAGUUUGGAUUUGGGUAUUAUCAAUUGGAACAUUUUAUGUACAGUGGUGGAAUAAAUGAUAGGGACAACAGCUACUAAGAAUAAUGUUCAACAAAAAUAGUAAUAAAACAUUAUUACUUCCCUAAAAGGUUGAACUUGAUAAUUCGUAGACUUUUUAAGUUUUAAACGAUGAAAUUAAAUUUGAUCUUAAAUUUCAUUCAUUUCACGGAUACUCGUUUUGGUGAUAUCUUCGGUAAAUGUACUUGGAAAAAGUAAUAUGGCGAUUUAAUUUAUAACUCAUAAUCUAAGAAGAGAGGAAAACAAAUGGUUGUAACUCAUUAACCUGUUUUAUUGCUAUAUUCGUUAAAUAAAUUUAAUUAAAUUGGUUUGCGGAGUUCAAACAACUUAAAAAAAUCAUAAGGGAAAUGUGAAAUAUUUUGGUCCAAAGAUUGCGAUAGGCUUUGCAAACGUGGUACAGAUAGCUCUUGGGACAGCAGCAUAUCAACAAUGAGACACCACCAUAUCUUAUGGACUUUUUGUUGUGGUUAGGAUUAUAUAAUAAUACAUAUAUAAUAUAUAUCAGUUUUCCCGUCUGAACAAUCAAACAAAUAAUAGUGACCAAAGUAAAUUUUUUCAAUUUAAAUGGUAUUGGUGCUUCUUGGCAAAAAUCAGACUAUUUUUUGUUCUAUUUAUUGGGUUGCCCAAAAAGUAAUUGUCGGUAAUAUAGUCGGCGUUGACAAAUUUUUUCAACGGCUUGUGACUCUGUAAUUGCAUUCUUUCUUCUGUCAGUUAUCAGCUGUUACUUUUAGCUUGCUUUAGAAAAAAAGUGCGCGAAAUUUUGUUUACAUUUGUUUGUUUGGCGUCAAUUUUAAUAUGGGUACCACAUGUAUUGAAAGAAAUUCAUUUAACAAACCGAAUCAACGCUUGUGAUAUGCACCUUAACCGCAAUGAAUUCGAUCCGUUUUUAAAAAGAAUCAUAACUGGAGAUGAAAAAUGGAUUGUUUACAACAAAGUUAGUCGAAAACGAUCAUGGUCCAAGCAUGGUGAACCAGCUCAAACCACUUCAAAGGCUGAUAUCCACCAAAAGAAGGUUAUGCUGUCUGUUUGGUGGGAUUGGAAGGGUGUGGUAUAUUUUGAGCUGCUUCCAAAGAACCAAACGACUAAUUCGGAUGUUUACUGUCAACAAUUGGACAAAUUGAAUACAGCCAUCAAGGAGAAGCGACCAGAAUUGGUCAAUCGUAAAGGUACCAUAUUCCACCAGGACAACGCUAGACCGCACACAUCUUUGGUCACUCUCCAAAAACUGAGUGAGCUUGGCUGAGAACUUUUGAUGCAUCCACCAUAUAGCCUUGCAACCUUGCACCAUCAGAUUACCAUUUAUUUCGAUCUUUGCAGAACUCCUUAAAUGGUAAAACUUUCGGCAAUGAUGAGGCUAUAAAAUCGCACUUGGUUCAGUUUUUUUGCAGAUAAAGGCCAGAAGUUCUAUGAGCGUGGAAUACUAAAUUUGCCAGGAAUAUGGCAAAAGGUUAUCGAACAAAAUGGCAAUUCUAUAUUUGAUUAAAGUUCAUUCUAAGUUUUAUAAAAAAAUGCAUUUAAUUUCUUUUAAAAAAUCCGCAAUUACUUUUUGGGCAACCCAAUAUAAAGGUUGCUCCGUAACGGAAGACUGUUCUAACUACACGACUGUUUUAUACUGUUGUACCUGUAAUUGGCACACCUAAACUCCGUUGUAGUCCUUUGGAAGACAUAAACUGAAUUUUUCAAGAUCAGUGCACUGAAUUUUGUCCGAAGCAGUGUGAAGUUUCCCGUUUCCUUCCUCUCUUUUGAAGGAGAUCGGCAACAACAGAUAACAGAAUACCAAAAUAAAAAAAAAAUGUCACUCACAAAAACAUUACAUUCAACUUCAUUUGAUAUGGGAUUACACAUGGUAAUCGAUGUGCUACUAUUAUCAAAUGAUAUUGCCCUCUUUAUUCUUUGUGAUAUCUUAAAAAAUGUCAGACCUAUAAAUAAUUGUAUUAUUUACUCUCAGUGUAUUACAUUUGCCAAUUUGCCACUGGGAGCUAAACAUUCUUUCUCACAAAAACAUUACAUUCAACUUCAUUUGAUAUGGCAUUACACAUGGUAAUCGAUGUGCUACUAUUAUCAAAUGAUAUUGCCCUCUUUAUUCUUUGUGAUAUCUUAAAAAAUGUCAGACCUAUAAAUAAUUGUAUUAUUUACUCUCAGUGUAUUACAUUUGCCAAUUUGCCACUGGGAGCUAAACAUUCUUUUAAAUUUUGAGUAAAGCUGAGCAUUCUGUUCAGAUUUUCAGACGGAAUGCUGACAAAGUCCAUAUAGAAAACGUUGGCGAAACACUGGGGGAAAAUAGUCGAAAAAUUAGUACUCUAUUUAUAGUGAGGAAAAUGGCAAAAAGAAGUUUUAGUGGCAAUGCUUGAAACUAUUGUCGACAUCAUUUUUGUUUGCUUUCAAUUUUUUCAAUGGUACGUUUUCCUUUUUGUUAUUUUAUUUAUUUGCGAAAAAAUAUAAAACCAUAAGUGCAGGUAAAAAAGUAUUUUGAUAUGAAAAUAAAAACAUUUGAUUACUGUCAAAUUUCGCUACCGAAACAAUUAAACAUUUCAGCGACUAUUCCGACAGCAACAUACAAUGCCAAUCCUUACGAAUAGAAGAGAGUUUAAAAAUAACGUUUUAAUAAGUGUCCCUAUUAUUUUUUCCAAGUGAACUCGCCUAAGCUAUCACUAUAACGAGUAUCCGUGAAAUUUCGUGAGAAUCUGUUAACAAAUUACGAUGUUAUUGUUAGUCAAAAUCGGACGUACAUUUGUAUAAAAGAAAGCUAUAUCCAAAACUGAACCGAUUUUAUACAAUUUCGUCUCUAGGCCAAAAAGAUGCCUGUACCAAAUUUUAGGAUGAUCGAAUGAGCAUUGCGACCUGUAUUUUGUACACAAAUGAGCUUGAACUGUGUUUUAAUUUAGUACUAUGUGGUGCAGUGCAGUUAAAUUUGUAUGAAAAUUACACCUAUCCACGACAACGACGUUCUGAUCUAAAUGUGGCCACGUGCAGAAAUACGCCUAUUGUGAAUGACAUAAUAAAAUCAUAGCCAAUUAUUGAAAAAAAUUGUGUGCACAAAACUUAAUACAUUUUGUUCGCCUUCUAUGCCCACACAAAUUUUCCAAAUCUUAUUUAUAAAUUUCACAAAUAUUUUCACUUUCUUCUCGUAUUGUUUUGACAGGUUGGCUAAUGGCGUUACCAACUCAUAACAAACAAACAGACUUGCACUGGAAACAUUUUUGCGUCUUAAUUUUGCCCUUCACGGCUUGUCUAUACGGUACUAAAAUAAUACACAACAAUGAACAGAUCGUUUACAAUAAGUAAAUGGGUCUAUUUCUCUUCCUUCCGGUUGAUACAAACAAACGCAUUAGGUUUCAAUACCCUGUAACACUGUAGUGGUGUUGAUAUAUUUAUGUGAAUCGAUCUUGUGUCUACGUUAUGAACAAGUGUCAAAAGACCCGCUUUUUUCCUCGAUUCAGAAUACUCCAAUUCAAAUCAGAUACCCAAUUAAUGAUUCGGUAAUUACUAGGCGAUAUUUUUUUUUGGCUCAUAGCUGUUAGUAAAUCACUUGACUUAAAGCACUUACAUUUUUCCCGCCAAAUGACGUUAAGGACAAAAAAUCCAACUCAAACUCUCCAAUUUGUAAAUAUUUCGUAAAGUGCACGUUCUAAUUUAAUUUCUAUUAAGUAUAAUAUAUAAUACUAGAUUAUUUCGAACAAAGUGUGAUGAAAUAAAGUUACAAUUAAUCAAAUUCAAACUAGCCCCUAGUUACUAAGAGCCCGAAACAAGGAAGGAAUAGAACAAACGCGACCGUAUGCCGUAAAAGAAAAAACAAAAAUACCCCAAAAAACUACAAGUUAUCUUAAAAUUAAUGAAUUCUUGGACAAUUCCAAGCAGUGCGGCGUGGGAAAGCCGUCGUUGAGAAUCGGCCCUGUUAUAUACUACUCGCAUACAUACAUACCUACUCAUGUUACAUACAUAUAUUCUGGUUGCAUAUACAUAUUUAUUUACACACGUAACUACCUAGUACAUAACAAGUAUAUACUAUAUACGAAAUUAUUGAUAUACACCACAAUACAGCAAGUUAUUAAGUAAGCCCCCCCCCCCACUAUAAUACCAAUUAGCUAAUAAGGACUUAAGUAAUUACUAGAAUAUUUAUAAAAUAAAGCGAAAUACUUUAAAUUGAAA